AUGGUGAAAGCGGACUGGUGUGUGCACGUGAAGGUCAUUUCCAAGGGGCCUGGUGUUUCGUAUGGCAGUGUUUACGGUAUCGUUCACGAUUCCUUGGGUUAUCGCAAGGUUUCAUGCCGGUGGGUGCCUAAGCUGUUGGAUAAUCUGAACAAGGCCAAAAGAAUGAUGUCACUGCAACAUUUGCAGCAUUACUCUGAGGAGGGUGAAAGGUUCCUGGAUCUCACUGCUAUUGGAGAUGAAACGUGGGUAUUUCAUUUCACUCCAGAAUCCAAGGAGCAGAGCAUGGUGUGGAAACAUCCAAGUUCGAGGUUGAUGGUCACAGUCAUCUGGAAUCACCGAGGACCACUCCUGCUGGAUUUCAUGCCACGAGGUGCCACCAUCAACGCAGACAGCUACUGUGGCACACUCGCAUGUCUGCAAGCUGCUAUCAGGAAAAAAGUGCCCGGGGAUUCUCGUGGACGAUGUGGUUCUCCUCCAUGA